ACGCAGCUGGAUCGGCUGGCGGCGGCACGCGCGCCUCAGGGUGCACAAGUGGACGUUCACCGGAGGAGAGAGAGGACACCGUUCACCGGAGGAGAGAGAGGACACCAUUUACCGGAGGAGAGAGAGAGGACACCAUUCACAGGAGGAGAGAGAGGACACCAUUUACCGGAGGAGAGAGAGGACACCGUUCACCGGGGGAGGCUCCGCCGGUUUCCUUCUCCUCGCCUCCUGACCAUGGGGACACCAGGUGACACACGGGCUCCGGUGCAUUCGGUGGGAGGAGCGGCUCAGUGACAGCCGCUGCUCCCCGGCUGACAGAGCGCCCGGUGAAACGUGACGGACAGGUGAACCGCUGCGCGUCUCCAACCGAUGGCCCGGGGGUUACCGGCAACCCGAAAUAUGCUGUAACGUGAAGUGGGGGGGGGGUUUAUUCAAGACUUUAUCGCGAUCCCACCGCAAGUAUGGGGCUGUAAUAGCCGCUGGAGCGGAGACACCAGGGGGUUCGUGUCUGCUUGCGUCCGCGCUCCGCUCCGUCCCCUCCGUCGGACACGGCUGAAGGGACCGGAGACGCGGACGGAGACCGGGCUGUUUGUGUGGCGGCUCUUUCGGCGGAGACAUGGCAGCGGCCAUCGCCAGCGGUUUGAUCCGCCAGAAGCGACAGGCGAGGGAGCAGCACGCCCACCGACCGACCCCGCACCGGCGGCGGAAGAGCCCCGGUAAGAAGCAGGGGCUGUGCAACGGGAACCUGGUCGACAUCUUCUCCAAAGUCCGGAUUUUUGGCCUGAAGAAGAGGAGGCUACGGAGGCAAGAACCACAGCUGAAGGGCAUAGUGACCAGGUUGUUCUGCAGACAGGGCUUCUAUCUCCAGAUGGGCCAGGAUGGAAGUAUGGACGGGACCAAAGACGACAGCACCAACUCCUCUCUGUUUAACUUAAUUCCUGUGGGUCUGAGAGUCGUGGCCAUCCAGUCAGUCAAGACUGGCCUCUACAUCGCCAUGAAUGGAGAGGGUCACCUCUAUUCCUCGGAACUGUUUACAGCAGAGUGUAAGUUUAAGGAGUCGGUGUUUGAGAACUACUACGUGAUCUACAGCUCUAUGCUCUACAGACAGAAGGAGUCGGGCCGGGCCUGGUUUCUAGGCCUCAAUAAAGAGGGUCAGGCUAUGAAGGGCAACAGGGUCAAAAAGACCAAACCAGCUGCACACUUCCUGCCUAAACCUAUAGAAGUUGCAAUGUACCGUGAGCCUUCACUGCACGAUGUAGGGGAGGCGGUGCCUAAAGUCGCCGGGGGCCCGCCUUCCAAAAGCACAACCAGCGAACCCGUGGUCAUGAACGGUGGAAAACCAGUCAGCAAACCAAACAAGGAGGCGACAUAACCCCGCCUCCAUUUUCUCGCCCUCUUCUGUCUGACCAAAGGCCGGGGAAAAGCCAGAGACUCGCCCCACUGCUGCGCUCUCAAAUAAAAAAAAAAAAAUCAAGCAACAUAAGGUAACAAACACAAACAACAUCUCAACUUCUGACUGGUCAGCAGUGGGGCCGCACAUCCCGCCUCACCUCUGUCCCUAUUGGAUGGAUCAGGUUGUUGUGGGGCGGGGGCCAGGGGGACAGAGCGCUGCGGCUGGUGGGAAGAGGAGGAAGAAGACGGGCCACUGCCAGCCAGAUAUUUUGGAACUGGGACAGUGGCAUGCCCUCGUAUUAGAGACUUCUUAAAGAAAAAAGAAAAAAAAUCGUCUUCACCGGUAUUUUUCUGUGACAAUCUAUAAGAUCGAGGCCCCUGCUUCCUCUGCUCGCUGCCCUGUUUUCUGUUGCCAGGUUUGCUUGCUCACUAGUGGCUACACAUACUCAACCGCUGGGAUUCGAUCUUUGAGUAAAGCAGAUUUAAAAACAUUAGCAAACAUGUGGCAGGGAGAACAAACACUGAUGAUUCAAUUAAGACAUGGCACAGGUCAUUCCGUAUGAAGCUUACAAUGACAUGUACCUGAAAGUGGCACUGUGCAUUACAUACGAGGCAAACACACCCGUUAACCUGUCUCUGAUUUUCAUCACUUGCAGUAUAUCUCCUCUUAUUUGAGACCACUUAGCUUAAAGCAUGUUUGCCUUUCAGCAUUCCUUUAUAAUCUCUCUGUUCGGUGGUUUAUUAUCCCGCACACACAAAGCACUAGUGAUUAUCGAGCUACAUUGUUGAACAGACAAAAAAAUGUAUUUCAGUUUCUACCUCUCUCUUUUUUUAAUUUUAUUUCUUCUUUCCCUUGAAUGAAUGAUACGAUUUCUGACACAAGUGUAGCUCCGGAGAUGAUGUGUAGCUGAAAGCGGACAGAGUUCCACAAAGUCCCUGUAGCAACACAGAGAUUACAGGGGGCGUGCUGACGUCCAAGCAGAACAGUAGCAGUGUUUACAUGGAGUAGCAUAUAUAGUUGAGUGGGAUGGGCCAGAACGUCGUGCUUACGUCUGUUCCCUUCCCAGGUAUUUGAAAUUAAAGGUAGAAAUGAGGGUAAGAGUUAACAGGGUAAAUGAAGGUGAUAAAGCCACUGUGUGCAGAUACUUUCCAAGAACUUUCAAAUAAGCACUUGAGGGCUUUAGUGGCCCACUUAGGCUAAGUCCACCCAAAUACGUGUUCGGUUUAAAAUGGCGAUUUAGAGCUUAGGAACCAAAACAAGGUGCCUCUCAAUCUGAGAGGUCAUACACGAUUAACAACGAAGGAAAGAAGAAAAACCUCAUUGGGCCUCGCGUAGUAUUUAAAUAUGUCGUUCAUUGAGGAUGUUGCUCUUGUCUUGACAGUUCGUAAAAGUGCUUUUCAUUUACAAGCUUGUCAUAUAUUUUGUUCUUAUCUUAAUCUGAAAAGUAAGUACAGCUGUUGGAUAAAUGUAGUGGAGUGAAAAGUUCAAACUGAAAUGGUGACGUAGUAAGUAGCAGAAAAUGAAAAUGCUUAAAGUACAAGUGCCUCAAAAUGUCCUCAAGUAUGAUACUUGAGGGAAAUGUACGUUCCCAACACCGGUCUCAUGUCUCGGCGUCAGGUUAUCUGAUAUUCUGUGAGGAUCCGAGCAAACUUGUAAUCAGCUGUGAUCACAAGUAAAAUCAUUUUGGAACUGUGAAAAAUAUAUUUCCCCCGUAGCUAGGUGAUCCAUUUAGCAUUUGAAACAGGGCCUAAUUACAACAGGUCUGACUGUUAAUGGGUCCUGUCAGAUCUGGUCUUUCCUGUUAUUUGUUUGAUUUAAAUUAGUUUAUGCAUGGUCGGGAUUGCUUUUCUGCAGGGCCGUGGACGAUAAUUUGAAUAACGCUGUAAUCGCAUUAAAAGUCUUCACAUAGUGGCUUUAAAUAAGCCUGCACUAUAAAAACUGUUAUUUAAAAAGUAUAAGAAAUGUGUUUUCUGUAGAAAAACCAUUAAAAAACAAAUAGCUCUCAUUGAUCACAGGGGCAAAAUGUGGGUUUUGUGUGUGCAACGUGAAGCUACAGGGCAGAAAUUCAAAUGAAAUGGAUUCCCAUGCGUCGUCCCUCUCACUGUGACAGUCAACAUGGCAGCAGUCUGUUCUGGACCUGAAUCCUGUUGGACACCCGGGCCUUUCUGUUUACCCCUCGCUCUCUGACAUCCAGUCUAGACGGCAAUUAACUCCUCAAAAAGUUACACCAGUCGCCGGUCGUACCACUGAGGAGAUAAUAAUACUGUGAUCCCACACUUCAUGUUAGUGUCAAUGACAAUGAGGCAGACACAUGCUGAUGAAUAUAUUCAGUUUGAAACAGAAACCCCGCGUCUCUUUUGCUUCCCAAUUUCGGGCAGAGGGAAAUAAUCACCGGUGCAACCAGAAGUACAAAGACACAAUGACACAAAGCAGCCGCCCUUGACAAAAAUCAAGGCUGCGCGAUUAAUCCUCCCAAUUGUUCCGACAUCAAACAAGCGUCAGCCCGAAUCAGCUGCACGCCCCAGCCUCGGCAACAGGUGCCGCACGUGUCUGUGCCGCAGCUGAAACGCCGCACGCCAGUGAGGCCACUGUAACGCGUGGAGUGUCGUCCCGCUGUGAGGAUUACACUCCGUAACUGAAGAGACUGUGAGAAGGCUCGACGGCUCACAGUGUUUCUAAUUGGCAUUUCUCACAUUUUUUUCCCCUUCACAUCACACCACAUUGUUUCCCUCUCUCUCCUCUGAUCUCAUUAGCUUUGUCUUCUGGAUGUGUGCAGCUUGGCCAGCUUCCAUUACGUAAACUCACCCUGUCCAGUGUGUUCGUGCUGGUGUCAGCUCGUGGCCUUUCUGUUCUGUAUUGGAAGAAAACAGUUUAAGGCUCAUUAAUGCUCAACGUUAGAUAUGUAUACAGAAACCGACUGAGCCUCAUGCCUCGUUUCCACCAAACUUUGUCCAAGAAGUGUAUUAUAUUCCUGUGGCAACCUCCAUGAUCUCCGUUGUGUUGAGAAACUCUUUCCCUCCCAGUCUGGAUUGUUUUAACCAGCAAUCUAAAGCAACCGCUUUUGUCUGACAGAAUUUCUCCCAUGUGGCGUCUCUAUCCAUUCAUAAAGAAAUACAUUUUUGUGCAUUAAACACACAAAACUUUGUUGAAACAAUCUGUUCUGUCCGUACUCCGGCGUUAUUGUUGUCCGUGUUUGUGCACGUCUUACGGAUACAGAUGAAACAGAGCACUACCACUUAAAGUCGUAGGAGGGGAGUGAAGACCAAUGGUUCAAGCGAAGGACACAAGUCUGUUAUUGUCAGAAACUCCAGCCUCUGCGCUGCACUAUAGUGGAUGUGUGCACAGAAGUCUGCAGGCAGUUCUUUUUCUCUUUUCAAACGUUAAAGCAGCAUAAAUGAGCCCUUAGAGAACCAGUUGCAAAAUAUUUAGUUAUCAAUGCCAAAAUGUGUAGGAAGAAAAAUACAGUUUCAAGAGUGUUCAGAGUUUAGCAUUUUCAAUGUUUGUGUCGACCAAACUGUAACACUGAAGUACACUCGACAAGUGAUGUUAGUCCAUCAGAAAGUGUUACAUUCACUGAGAGUGUCUCUCUUCCCCAGCCGAGCUCAAGGUGUGAGAUCCAGGGCGCCUGUAGGUUUAUGCUAAAAGCUCAGCAGUUUUACAUUUGCAAACUCCAGCUUCAUCCUCUCUGACGUUACUUUAAAAGCAAAUUGGGAUAAAAAAUAAGACGCCUUGUGACCAGUGUUGUGCACAUCAAAGAUAUGUGGAUGUACCAUUUAUCAACUAUUUGUGACACUGGAAAAAAAGGUAUAAAAAGAACCAAAAACCUGACAAUCAGGUCUGUAAACGUCCUUUUUAUAAUUUCUUUUAAUGCAUCUUGUGUUUUCCCGACUGCCUGUGUCUUUCCAAGGAGCCUUUUCUUUCGUGACCAUCUAUAGAUGCAGCCGGUAGCAUGACUCCAGGAUGCCAACUGCUCUUCACUGAAUGAUUAUCAAGCAGCUAAUUUGUGCUACACUGCUGGCAGAGGAAUAGGAGGCAAAUCCUCCUCAGAUCGGAGAGGCCCAGCUUGUUAGGCCUGCAGAAGGGUUCACAUCCUGUGAAAGCCGCUAUUGAAGAUCUGUGGGACAAGAUAUAAUUACGGUUGAGGCCAGAGAAAAAUGGCCUGGUUUCCUGGCUACUGACCAAAGCCUCUGCUACAAUAGCGGUUCCAGGCUUGUAAUCACAGUUCCUGGUUCAAACAACGAAGGCGCAAUUACUGUCAGCGUCUCCUGAGAAAUUUCUCCCCACUGGUGGUUAGCCAGGUACCAGGGCUGCAAUUAUGAGACGUCUAACAGCGAGCGCUGUGCAGGAAGAGAGCAGCUGAUUUAAUUAGACGUGAGCAAUCAUGACAUCCUGGGUCACUUUUAAUUUCCACAUUCAAGUACCACUCAUGUCUUCAUGGCAGGUACACAUGUAGCCAUCUUACUCUCCUCUGAAAGGAGGGAGGGACAAAAUGGACGAGACGUAAAAGACGUGACCGGGUGCACGUCGGAGACACGGGAACAUGUAGUGCUUUAGCACUGUACUCAUGAUGUAGCUCGUCUCCCUCAGGUUUUCUUUUUCCCCUGUUCCCCAUUAUUCCUCUUACAAAAGGCUGCCUUAUUACAUCAGAAUGAGAAAGAACGAGGGUAAACGUACUCUCCUCCCAGCUGUUCCUUUCUCUGAAUCCUCUCACCUCCCUCACCCCUCCGCACACACUCUCUCCAUCCCAUUUUACUUUUCAAUUAUCAUUUGAUCCCCCUGUCUUCUGUUCACUGUAAGUACGCUAGCUUUCGCUCUCUGCUCGUUUCGUAAUCAUGCGUCCAGAGAACUUAUUCCCACCUCCUCUUUUCUCCUCCUCCUCUCUCGGUUUGGACUGUUUCCCACUUGUUGCAUGGUUUUUAAAAGAGGAAAGACGAUGGAGGGGGAGGGGGGUAAUGCAUGUGGUAAUGUAGGAAAUGUGUUAUCCGAACAAAACAAACAUUUACAGCAUAGCACCAGUAAAACUUUGCCUCUGGCUCAUUCCUGUCACUGGUUUGCACUCUGACAGAUGCGACGACGACUUUUGAUAUUUGCAUUUUAAAGCUCUUUUACAUUCAUUUCCCUGUGGUGACAGAAACAACUUACAAAGACAUAUGGGUUUUUAAAACAUUAUCCAUUAUUGCAGUAAUGGAGGAAAGAAAUAAUGAAUCAAAAUUACUUCACAUCACUAACGUUGUUACACUAAUGCAUGUCAGACAGUGAAAUUAUGGCAAACAAGAGCAUCAAUGCCUAACUCCAGUGGCUGGAAACAGGAAAACUAAAAUUAUAAGAUGAAAACACAAGAGUAAUGGCUUGAUAGUCUUUGCAUCUUCUUUUAACAAUGAUUGACAGUCGUCCAUCUUUAUAACCACUCUACGUAUACAACAAAUCAAUCACCAUCUUUUGAUUUUACAUGGUUUUAUUCUUUGUUACGCCUUUUAUCAUUUAUUUUAAUUCACUUAAAUCAUUGUAACCAUCCAGUGUAGUUUAUAUUUUCAACUUUUUUCCCUUAUCAAAAUUUGGGGGUCAACGAACUUUAGGGUUAUCACUGUGAUAUGUGGUGUGACCUUCCUAGAACGAGUCGGGAAAUAACAGAAAACGACCAACAACAACAACAAGCUUGUGCAUAUAGUUGUAUCAAAAUUGCAUUGUCAGAAUUAAUGUAUAUUGUAAAGAUGAAGGAGGUCACAUUUAAUAUAUUCAUCUCCUGUCGUAUUUUUCCAGUGCAAACCGUGCUAGUUGUGAGCCACAGGGAAAUGUGAGUGGUGCAAACAUUUAAAGGAAAUCUCUCUCUGUCUGUCAGUAAAUGUACAGUUACCUUUACAUACAUAUUAUGCAAACAGUUUGUCUGCACUGUACAGUUUGUGUCCAAUGCAUUGUAUACACUCAGAAAACAACGAUAUUGAAUAAAGGAUUUAUAGAAAGGAA